AUGGAUACCAGCCUGACUGUAGUGCAGCUGAUGGAAGUAUUAAGAGGAUGUGUGCAACAUGUCUGUGCCAUGCAGGAGACUGUGCCUCUAGAACAUAUCCACAGUCUUCCCUCUUCUGUUCUUCAUGUGAUCAAGAACACAUUUAUAUACUGCAGGGACAGUGAAUCGCUGUACAGUGACCAUCUCCAUUUGUUUGCUGACUUACUUCAGUCUUUGUUUAAGGAAACUUACGCUUUGCAAAAGCAGCUUAUGGAGCUGCUUGAUAUGACAUCUGUGGAUUCCUGCGCUGCUGAAGACAGUACAGCAAUUAUUGUUUCAGUGAUUCACACUGUGUUGGAGAUCUGCUCUGCUAUUUCCAUCAUAGAUCAUGCCCUUCAUGCAAACACAUGGAAGUUCUUAAUCAGGCAAAGCACAAAACACAAGUCAUUGAUAAAGAACAGCUUGAAACAUACUGCUAUCCUCCAUGGCCUUUGUGAGGGCAUCCUGUUUUCCUUCCAGUCUUGUUUGCUGCUGGCAGAGCAGAUGAAACAGUCUGGGACGCAGGAGAACGUUGAUUAUAAGGUGUUCCAGAGGACAAUCAAACUGAGUAGGUUCUUUGCUGUUUCCCUGGUGCACUAUACCAAGGAAUUCACUCCUUUCCUGGUGGAGUCUUGCUCUCAGUUACACCAGACAUAUCUUCAAAUAUACAGCAAGUUCCCUCCAAGUCUUCAUGCGGCAGUGAUUUCUGAGGCAUCUCGGGAUGAAAUAGCCAAAGGAUUCCUCGUGGCCCUGGAUCCUCUCCUCCCCAGCCUGCUCUCCUUCGGGCCUUUUGUGGAAGCCGUAUUAAGUAAAGCCCCAGUUCUCUCUCCUGAGCUGCACUUUGCACAAUGCCGUCUCCUGCUUUCUGUAAUGGACAUGUUGCCAUCCCAGCCGCCAGAGGUGCAGGCGCUUUGGAACACAGAAAAUCAUUCCCUAGAAGACAGGGUUCCCUUGUUUACCGCCCUCUUCCUCAGCCUACAGCAGUGCUCUGGAGAGCUUUCCCUUCCUGUCCUUUUGCCCGGAGUGGUGGCAGCUGGACAAGCAGAGCAUUCUGUCACUUUGUACCACUAUGUCUGCAUCCAUUUGUGUGCCUUUGUCACAUCCCUCUCUGUGUCACAUUUCCCUCUACUGGAACGGUCGCUACUGGAAGCCAUACUUGCUUCUAACAUGAUCAUCGGUCUCCUGGCUAUGGAUGUUUGGUGCUUCCUGGCCCGGUACGGAACAGCAGAUCUAUGUGCUCAUCAUGCAUUUACAAUAGCCAGUUUGAUAAGAGCUUGUCCUGGUGAACAUUAUCGAGUCUCUCUGUUGGGCAUCCUGCUGAGACGCCUGCUCUUCCUGAUGGCUCCCGAUCACCAGGUGGAGUUUGUGGAAAGAUUUCCUCCCAAAGAAAUGGAGAAUCUGGUCUUGUGGCAGCACCUUUCUCUUAAGGCCCUGAUGGCUCCGCUUAGGAAGCAAGUUGCUCAUGAGCUUUUUGUGGCAGGACUUGCACAAGGCGAAGAGUGGCUGAGCGGGAAAAGGCCUCUGGAGGAGCUUCCACGGGGGAAUGCUGCACUCUCUGCCUUGUUACUAGUGUGCCAAACUGCUGGAGAGACUCUGGAGGUGGGACAGCAGACGGCACUUGUCAGAGCUGCUGGUCGACUUUUGGCUGUUGUAAAUGUCACGCAGGUCCUCAGUCAGCCUUGUCUGCAGCAGGCCUUUUGCUCGAUGUUUCGUCUUUUGGAGCAUUGCAUCCAAGUGGUGGAGUCUCAAAUGCUGAUUCAGGUAUUGAUAUUGCAGAAUUCUCUCCUCCAGCUGAAUCCCCCGGACCAUGUUCUGCUUGCAAUCUUAGAUUUUCUCUCUUCAGUGGGGAAAUUAUGUAUUCCCCCAGAUUUUCAGGUACAAGUUCUGUCCAAGCUGUCCUGUCUGUUUGCUUCUUUGCUCGCCAGCAAUAGCUGGCUGAUUCAUCAGCAUGCCCUAGUGGCGUUCGUUCAGUUUGCAGAGGAAACAAGCCAUGAAGACAUAAUUCCCCAGUGCCUCAGCUCUGAAGAAACUAAAAGCAAAGUUGUUUGCUUCCUGUCAAAGGGCUGCCGUGCAGAGGAGGUGGCGGAAGCCAGAGCAGAACGAAUGAAAGAGGAAAACGGUCUUUUCCAUCGCCUCCUGGUAGAGGCUCGAGCAAAGAGACAAGGAACUGCAGUAUUAGAGUCCUCCCCCAAAAGAACGUGCUACUCACCCAGUGAGAGGCAAUAUGAGUCUGCGAUCGACGGUGCUGCAGGGGCACUGGAGGCUGUGAAGCUCCUGCUGCAGAAGGGCCCGCCCCCAACGUGGCUUGCCAAGAAACUGGAAGCAUUGCAGGCCACACUGAACAGCCUGAAGGACAGCACACGGUGGCCACCCUGAUGCUCUCACCUCUGGACCCCUUCAGGACUUACUGUGAGCAGCAGCUGCCGCCGUUCUUGGUUAAGCCUGUUUUGGUUUGUACGUGUCACACAGCAGCCUCUUGACUGGAAGGGUGAAGGUACUACUCACCACGGGCUAAAAUACUUGCAACUUUCUCAGACUGCCGCUUUAAGGACUGGGCUUUUUUUAAUGACUUAAUGUAGUUCAAAACAAACACUCAUUAGCUUCAGAGUGGUUUUCAUUCAAAGGAUAUACCUUCUGGAAAACAGAAACCUCAACAAUGGCAGAUAGGUGGGAACAAAACUCACCCCAUAAGAACAAAAUAGAUUUGUUGCUGUUCUGCCUUACAGACCCAUUCUCAGGUCCGUUUGCACAAGAGCUUUUGGAGAAUAUUUGUCAUCAUAUCUUGCGCAUCUUAAUAGGUGCACUGUGAGGCUUCAUUUUCUAACUAAACAGAUGGUACAGACACAACGAGUGA